CUUGGUGGUUCAUAAAAUUUAGGUUAACUAUUUUUGUUACAAUUAAUAUCACAUUUUGGAAUUCAUUUCGUGAUAAAUCGCGACCUAUUGCCUAUUUCAAUAUCAAUUCAUUUUUAGGGAUUGAACCAAAAAAGAAUUUAAGCUUCUUUUCGGACAGGAAAGAGGAUGUCCCUUUGUUAAUGGGCUAUAUUUGGGCCUAUAGAACGGUUCUAUAGGCCCAACCUCAUAUAAACUUGGACCUUAGUUCAACAUCUUCUAGCCCUAAUAAUAAACAUUAAACAACCCAUCGCACGCCGGCCACUGCCCAACGCCGCCGUAGUUUGGGUUGCAAUUCCUUAUUGUUUUGUCUGUUUGGUUUGUUCCUUCAAGCAAGGUGAGAUUUUUGCAAAAAAAAAAAUUGAUUUGUCUGUUUGGUUUGUUCCACUGCCCAAGCUCUGUUUUUGCAAUUUUUGCUGAAUUAUUGUGUUUGAUAUUGAUAGAGCAAAUUUAGUGGGCCAAUUUUUUCACUGAUUGACCUUGCUUGGCCUUGCAAUUUAUGUUUGUUCCACUGCUCAAGAGAAUGGAUGAAUAGUUAUAUGGGAAUCAAAUCGGAAAAGUCUUAAUGAGAAGUAGGGGUGGCCAUAGUUUCACAGUGAAAACCUCAUGGGAGUGGGAUGAUAUAAGUUGUUUUACGGUGUUUUCAUCUCUAUUUUAUAUAAUGCUUUACGUAGUGAUGUGGCAUUUUCAUUUUCAUUGAUUUUUUUUUUAAAAAAAUUUCUUCGUCAAAAAGUGUGCAUCUCUGCUUUUCAAAGAACUGGUGUUUAGCUCAUACGCGAGAAUCCGAGAAAUUUUUUGACGAAGGUAGGCCUGUCUGCCUUAAUCCUGUGAUUGUCUACGGUAUGAUUUUACUUUUUCUCUCGAAUAUGCAUAUUUAAACAAAUAUUUAUUUUAUUUUAUUUUUUAUGUAAAAUAUGAUUGUUUUGGUUCCUAGUUUUGUUUUUGGCUUUCAAUCGAUGAUUGUAUAUGACCUUUUAAUGCAUAUUUGUAGUUGUUCAAUAUGGCAGCAAAUUAAUAUGCAUUGGGUUGAGUUUUAUGCUCAUUCUUUUAUUUGUAAGGUGUAGGAAGGGUGUGAAGUCUAGUAUUCGACGCCAAGAUGCAGGCUUGUAGUGGAGCUGCAGUGAGAGGUUCGGUUCAACAGCCUAUUUGGACCAAGGGAUCAAAUUUUAUUCCAAAAGGGUCCAGUGUUGUUGGAUUUCCGCAACAUGUAAAAGUCAAUUCGAUGAAAGCCUGUAGGUGUUCUUGUAUUGAAGGAGGUUUGGUUACAGGGAGGCCACCUUCUUCUGUCUUUGUGCCUGAAAUUGGAGGUAAUGGAAGCAACUUUGUAGACCAUGGCUUGAGUGAAGCUGAUCCUGAAGUCCGUUCAAUAAUUGACAAGGAGAAGGAGAGGCAGUUCAAAAGCCUUGAGCUUAUUGCCUCAGAGAAUUUUACGUCUCGAGCAGUGAUGGAAGCAGUUGGCUCAUGCCUGACAAACAAGUAUUCUGAAGGACUACCAGGUAAAAGGUACUAUGGUGGCAAUGAGUACAUAGAUGAGCUUGAGACACUGUGUCAACAAAGGGCUUUGGAAGCAUUUCAAGUAGAUGGAAAGAAGUGGGGUGUUGAUGUUCAGCCGUUAUCUUGUUCUCCUGCUAACUUUGAGGUUUAUACGGCGAUAUUAAAGCCUCAUGACAGGUUAAUGAUUGCCGAUGCUGUUGGUGCUUUUCUCAUGAUGGAUAUGGCUCACAUUAGCGGACUUGUUGCUGCAUCUGUUGUUGCUAAUCCUUUCGAGUAUUGUGAUAUUGUGACCACAGCAACACACAAGUCUUUAAGAGGUCCUAGAGGUGGCUUGAUCUUCUUCAAGAAGGAUACUGUUCUCGGAGUUGAUUUAGAAUCUGCCAUCAACAAUGCAGUUUUCCCAGGUAUACAGUUUCCCUGCAGAGAGAAUGCCCUUUUAACAUAAUAUUUGACACCAAAAAGUGAAAAUGAAAAUGGAGCCAAACUAGUUUCUCCGACUGCUAUUGAUCCUGGAAAUGUGGCGCCAUUCAACCAAUUAUUGGCACAAAGAAUGAUCAUCAUCAUAAGCAUAAGCAUAAGCAAGGGAACAGUAAUGACUUAGACAACAUUAUGAUUUAUGAACGCUAUCUGAUGAAUACAGUUUAGCAGGGAGCCAACAAUCUUCAGCACUACACUAUAAGAAUUGGCAUCUGAUGGAGAUGCCAAAUUAGAACACACUGCCUUAUUCAUGACUUUUAGUCAAUAUAUAUACAGAGAACAGAAAUAUGUAAAUGUAAUAUUACAAAAGGCCUCCCCCC